CCCAUUAAAUAUAAAUAUCUAUUUUUGUAAUUGAUUUAUUUAAAUGUAUCAAACAAUAUUUAAAUGUGUCACCUCGAAGAAGGGCUUGAAUCGUUUUUGUGAGUGUAACCUAAAUAAAUCUAAUAAAUGAAAGUAUUCAUACAUUUUGUGUUACACCCAUUCAAAAUAAAUAUCUUCGUUUUGUAAUUGAUUUAUUUAAAUGUAUCAAACAAUAUUUAAAUGUGUCACCUCUAAGAAGGGCUUGAAUCGUUUUUUUGAGUGUAGGACACCAUAAACACGAGUUGCACGCGGGGGUUGUGCAUCUGAAACCGAGACCGCAUUAAAGCUGACAUCAUUUCAUGAGCUCAUGAAGGUUCUCAAAGACACGCAAAAUAUUACUUUUGUGAUUUCACUUUUUAGAGAGAAGCACAUUUUGAUCAUCUUCAGUUAGUACGGUUUAUAUUAUGUAGACAUUUGUAGUUAUAUAUAUAAAUAUAUAAUCAAAUGCAUGAGAUUGAAUGUGUGAUUUAUGCAGCGUCUGUUUGACAGGAAGCCACAUGCCGCAACAGCAAAUGAGAGUUAGAUCGCGCUCUCUUCCUCUCUAAGAAGAGGUUAUCUGUGGCAGUAAUGGUUGUCUUGAUAUAACUCGUACUUUAUAAACUAUUGUUUUCCCUGUUUGAAAAGAUGGAUAUAAGUUUUGCUGAUCUACUAAAUGAGACUUUUUCAGAAACACCUGCUGCAUCAUUCCCUGAUGAAGAUUUGGACCUUGAGAAUUAAAGUUUUGAAGAAAGAUUUGAGGCAGACAUCUCUCAAGAAACCGUUCUUACAAAGGGAGAAGGGAGCAGGAAGCAACUGGUGAAACUGCAGUUUUUUCUGCUAUGGAAACUAAAAAUAUAAACAUGGCUGAAAAUGUUGACGAAGAGCAGUGUGAUGAUAAAAGCAAAGAAGUGGAUUUGGAAGGUGGAGAGGUCAUGAACAGGAACAAAACACCGGAGCAAGAUUACUCAAGCUCAGAAGGAGAGACUGAAGAUGAGGAAGAUAAUAUGGGAACAGGAGAGAAAGCAGAGGCUUUGUCGAGGUUGGUUUGCUGCGGCAACAAGUUUUGCGAGGGGAAUAAAGAGGACAGGAUCUUUACUGAGGGACAACCUCUGGCCCCGCAGGGUGCUGAAAACCAUCAAGUUAGAAACAAGGAGCCAGGUGAGAGCGAGAGUGAUGAUGAGGUGUCCUAUUUUGAGAGUGUCCCUGAACGUGGCAGUGAAAUGGUGAUGAGAGGUGAUGGAAUUGAAGAGGAUGAGCAAGAGAGGGAAAAGGAAACGAAAGAGGACUUGUGUAAUUCUGAGCGUGAGAGCAUGAUAAUCGAACAGGAAGAAGCCGCUGUUCUCGCUCUGUGCCGUGAGCAGAAGCCUGAAAAUCCUUCCGUGGUCGGCGCGGCGAAAGCCAAUUUGGAGUUUCCAGACAUAUCAGUGCAACAUCUGCAGGAUCUUUUUACUGAAGUUGACAGUGAGAUGUAUGGAGAGAAAAUGAAGGAUUUCUCAGGGGAGGAGCACCAAGAUGCAGGUGAGAGCUUUGCAGAUUACCCCUCAGACUUUUCUUCAUGUGAAUAUGUAGAAGAUGGAGGAACACAUCGAGAGAAGAAGCACCAGUCAAACCCCUUGGCUUGUGCAUCCGACACCGACUCAAUUAAAGAGCAGCAACCCUGUCAGGAAAGAGUUGUAACAGAUGUAAUGUGGAUGGGAAGAGCUGAGGACACUGAGGAGGAGGGGGACGGGUAUAUGCACAGCAGAGAUGUAGAGGAGGAUGCCAACGAGUUCAGGAGCCUGGAUGUGGCUGAUAGAGACAAAUACAUUGUGGUGAAUGUGUCUGGCGAUGCAGCUGUGACAGCAAUUGAUGAUGGAGGUGCAAACGGUGAGAGGGAUUCCUACACCUCCAUUGAUGAUGAGGUGCAGGUAAAAAAGAGUGAUGAGGAACUCCUUGAUUGUAUGCGUCAACGAGAUCUUGAAAGCAACAAGCAAUUGCAGGAGACUCGCGGUGAGAGCGGUGCAGCCCUUUCUGACGACUACGACAGAGUGGAUGCAGCCGAGUUCAACAAUUAUUGGAAUCUAGACGUGUUGGCAACUGAUAACCUUCUGUCUGAGGACCUGUUCACCACAGAGGACACAGAUGAAGCGGAUACACCGCCUUCAGAUGUGACUCAGUGUUGUGCAGAAGACGGCAACAGCUUGGUACAGCGAGUGGAUGCACAAACAACAAACCCCUCCAGCCAGGGAUCCCUGGAUGAUCGCUUCUUCUUCAACACCGAACAUGAACCCUCUGGGAUCAUGGAGACUGGACAGUUGGGAGAAGACGAGGAUGAAGAGGAGAGGAACUGGGAGCUAGAGCAGAAGAUAAUCAAGGCUUUCUAUGAGUUUUAUGACGACAGCGACGGAGAGAAGGAAAGAGAAGGAAGACCGAUCAAAGUUCAGUUUUGUGCAGAUCCACUGUCUCAAGUCAUUCACUAUGAAACUGACAGCAGUGACAGAGCUUCACUCAGCGGCUCCACAGACGGGGAGGAGGACCGGAGCUCCACAGACACAUCCCAGGAAUUUAGUGAGCUUGACGACGCCACGAAAAUGUCACAUGCUGAUGACCCCCCAAACACUCCGGAGAGUGUGCCAGAUAUCAGCAACACACACAUGUGUACCAGGGAACACAAAUGCUUCAACAUGCUGAAGCUGACACUGGAGAUGGCUCUGGUGACACUGACCGGACUGCUGAUGUUCUGGUUUGCCACAGACCAAGCGGGCUGGUUCAGCCAUGUGUCGUUCUUUUAGGUCAAACCCUAAUUUGUGGGAAUGUAAAUGUGUUUACAAGCUCACGGCUAAAGAAAGACACAUCCAAAAUGACAAGAAUGUCUUGUAAAAAGGCUAUGUAAAGUGUUAAACACGAACACAAAUGUGUGCUUAAUAAAGAUAUAUCUUUGUCUACAA